GUUUCAUUAGCUUUUACAUCAGCUAGCAUUGUCUGGCAAUAUCAUUCACACAUAGUUCGUAAUGGAGGGAGUACAUUUCAACCAUUUCGUUGAGCAACCCCAGAAGAAUGACCGUGAGAAGAGUGAGAUGCUCAGCCCUCAUUCAGGAAAUGAAGAAACUGAGUCGUUGAUUCUCGAAAUGGAGGCGGCAGAGUCAUUAGUAAAAGAAGUCUGUGACAGAGGACUAAUGGAGCAUGGAUGUCCACAUUACAGAAGAAGGUGUUGCAUUAGAGCUCCUUGCUGUAAUGAGAUCUUUGGUUGCCAUCACUGUCAUAAUGAGGCGAAGAACUAUAUAAGUGUAGAUCCGAAACAGAGUCAUGAUAUUCCUCGCCAGAAAGUUGAACAGGUUAUAUGCUUACUCUGUGGCACUGAACAAGAGGUUCGCCAAAAUUGUAUCAACUGCGGAGUGUGUAUGGGGAAGUACUUCUGUGAAGCCUGCAAGCUCUUCGAUGAUGAUACAUCUAAGAAACAGUAUCACUGCGAUGGCUGCGGAAUCUGCAGAAUCGGUGGACAUGAAAAUUUCUUUCACUGUUACAAGUGUGGCUGUUGUUACUCAAUCCUUCUCAAGAACAGUCACCCUUGUGUUGAAGGAGCAAUGCAUCACGACUGCCCCAUUUGCUUUGAGUACCUGUUUGAAUCAAGGAACGAUGUAACAGUUUUGCCUUGCGGACACACCAUCCAUCAGAAGUGCUUGGAGGAAAUGAGAGAACAUUACCAAUACGCGUGCCCACUUUGCUCAAAAUCUGUAUGCGACAUGUCAAAGGUGUGGGAGAAAUUUGACGUGGAGAUCGCUGCUACACCAAUGCCAGAACCAUACCAGAACAGAAUGGUUCAGAUCCUGUGCAACGACUGUGGGAAAAAAUCGGAGGUGCAGUACCAUGUGGUGGCUCAGAAAUGCCCAAGCUGCAAGUCAUACAAUACUCGCCAAACCCGAGGCUGA